AUGUCGAUCGACGCAGCAAAAGACUCUAAGCUCGUGUUUGAGACGUCCGAGUCGGUCACGGUUGCGCCGACUUUCGAUGCGCUCGGCUUGAAGGAGGACCUGUUGCGCGGUAUUUACGCAUACGGAUUCGAGAAGCCUUCCGCCAUCCAGCAGCGUGCCAUUGCGCCCGUGAUCAAGGGUCGCGAUGUCAUUGCGCAGGCGCAAUCCGGAACCGGUAAAACCGCCACCUUCUCGAUCUCUAUGCUCCAGUCCAUCGACUCGUCCGUCCGCGAUACCCAAGCCCUCGUUCUCUCUCCAACGCGCGAGUUGGCGACGCAGAUCCAGAGCGUCGUCCUCGCCCUCGGCGACUACAUGAACGUCUCCUGCCACGCCUGCAUCGGUGGAACGUCGAUCGGCGAGGACAUCCGCAAGCUCGAGCACGGUCAGCAGAUCGUCUCAGGCACGCCUGGUCGCGUCUUUGACAUGAUCAAGCGCCGGCAUCUCCGCACCCGCAACAUCAAGAUGCUCGUUCUCGACGAGGCCGACGAGCUCUUGAACCGCGGCUUCAUGGACCAGAUCUACGACGUCUAUCGCUACCUUCCUCCCCAGACCCAGGUCGUCGUCCUCUCCGCCACCCUCCCUCACGACGUCCUCGAGAUGACGACCAAGUUCAUGACUGACCCCAUCCGCAUCCUCGUCAAGCGUGACGAGUUGACGCUCGAAGGCAUCAAGCAGUUCUUCGUCGCCGUCGAGAAGGAGGACUGGAAGUUUGACACCCUGUGCGACCUCUACGACACGCUCACCAUCACCCAGGCCGUCAUCUUUUGCAACACGCGCCGAAAGGUCGACUGGCUGACGGAGAAGAUGCGCGAGGCCAACUUUACCGUCUCGUCGAUGCACGGCGAGAUGCCUCAGAAGGAGCGCGAUUCGAUCAUGUCCGAGUUCCGCUCUGGCUCGUCGCGCGUCCUCAUCACGACGGACGUCUGGGCGCGCGGUAUCGAUGUGCAGCAGGUGUCGCUCGUCAUCAACUACGACCUUCCCAGCAACCGUGAAAACUACAUCCACCGCAUUGGCAGGUCGGGCAGGUUCGGCCGCAAGGGUGUCGCGAUCAACUUCGUUACCAACGAUGAUCUCAAAGUGCUCCGCGAUAUCGAGCAAUUCUAUGCAACACAGAUCGACGAGAUGCCCGUCAACGUGCAGGAGGCGCUUUAG